AGAGUUUGGCGAUCGAGGCCUUGUUUGUGCUGUUUCUCUUAAGGGUUAUAAAUCCAGAGAAUGCAAAUGCUCAGAAGGAAUGCAAUUCAACGUAGACAGUAGAUCUUGUUUAGAAAUUCCAAAGCCCGUAGAGAAAAGUUGCAGUAAUUACCAAUUUAUGCGUGAUGGACAAUGCGUAGGUGGCCUUUAUGCCUCGUGUAAUACUACCAAUGACUGCUCUGCUGAGAAUACAUACUGUGACAUGAAAUCAAGGACAUGUUGGUGUCAUCGAGGCUAUUUACCUUAUACUUUAGAAAAGUGUCAACUAGGUAUCGGAAAAGAUUGCAACCAAUCUAAAGAAUGCAGCGUGAAAAAUUCAGUAUGCGAUGGUUCCAAGUGUGCCUGUCCAAAUAAUCAUUACCUGUCUGCUAACGAAAGGUCCUGCAUUCCUCUUCCUGAAAAGGUGAUGGGCUCUUGUCAGACGAAAAAAGGAUGUCAACUGAUACCAAACACGUAUUGUUCUGUUGAAAGCGUUUGCCAAUGUAUGCCAGGUUUUUUGCUGAUCAAUGACAAAUGUGUUUCUACCAUCGGUGGAUUAUGCACUGAACAUUCGGACUGCCCUGAUUUGAAUUCUGAGUGUAUGGGUCAGGAGUGUCGCUGCAAGCAGCACUACUAUCCAUCUACUAAUAAAACAGUUUGCCUACCUGUAGCUCUCGUGGCAAAUUCAAUUGUAGAAAUCGCAGCUAACUCAUCACUACAUCCAGAAUUAUCCAUCAAUCAAUGCAGUGAAUGGCGCCAAUUGCGCGAACGUGCGAAGGCUAUACUCUACUAUGGCUUAAAAGAUUAA